AUGGCGCCAAUGUGGGGACUGACCGUCCCAUUGCCACCAUAUGUCAGCCUUCUGCUAUUAUUUGGUUGCCUUGUUUGGGGGCUUUGGGUGCUGUUUUCUGGGAAACAGAGUAGGGAGCAGGUGGCAGCCAAGACAGACUCAGAGACUUCAAAGCAGCACAAGUUGAAAAAGAUCCGGAAAUUCACAGGUCAGAAAGAUACUCUCCAUCCACAGUGGGAAGACAGCCUCAGGAUGGGUUGCAUUGAGGCCAACCUGACAUGCUUUUCAGGACUCCCUGUGGGAUGGACCCAAGAAUAUGUACUCUGGUCAAUGGACAGGAGUCUUCAACAGAUCUUCCAGCACCUGGAAAGUGCAAGAUCAAAUCUUAUGGGAUCAUGUUUGCCUGAACCACAAGAUAUGAUUUCUUCUUCCACCUCUUCUGUUUUUAUGGCUCAGGAGCCUAUUCUGCCCAGUUGUGACUGUAAGAAGGCAAGGCAUUCUGAGGACAAUAGCAUCUCCUCUGGAUCAUCAUACAGCUCCAGCCUGUCUCACCGUCCUGCCUUUUCUGAAGGAACAACUUGGCAAGUCCGGAGCCAUAGUUUACCUAUUUUCUCCCAAAAUCCACCUCCUGUGCUCAGGCACCAAGGCACAUCCCUGCCUUGUUCUAGGCUCUCAGAGCUUGAGAAAUCAAAACUUACUCAGAAUUUGGCAACACUUUCACCCUUAAGGCCUCAAGGCACUUUUGUCAAUUCACUUUUUGAAUCCCCAGAUCUCCACAAACAAGAAGAGAAAACAAAAGAUGAGAGAAGGAGCAAGAGUCAUUUGACACCCGAUCAUAGGCUAAACUCUAUCUGCAAAGAGAGGCCACUAUUGUCAGGAUCAGCUGCGAUCCGGUUGUCUCCUUUGGCUAGGUGGGAGUUAGAAGGACAUAUGGCUUGGAAGGUUUGUACUUUGCGGGAACAAACAGUGCCUCUGCCUGUGAGGGAAUCAUGGGCAAUGCUGAAUUAUUUAAUUGAGGUACAAGGAAGAGUCCCUGAACCAGAGAAACCCCAAAUCCAUUUGUCGAUGCCUAGUCAUCAAAGCACUGAGCAAAAUAUCAACAAUGAAUCCCCAGAUCUUCCAUCAUUUCAGCUCCAUGUGAACAUUGGAGUGGAAUCUGGAUUAAAUAGAACAGAAACAAAAAUUUCACAGACUCUCAUGCCAGGUAAGCAGUUACAACCUGGAGAUGGCCCCCGAAUCCUUGGAUCCAGGCCCUUAAUGACACCAGUGGGCACUCCACCUCCCAAAAGUGUAGGAGUUGACACAAAUCAAGAGGAAACCACUUUCCUGCAGAAGAACCCGAAACAUGUGCUAGAGCUUAGUAUAGAGCAGAGAGUCUUAGGUCUUCCAGAAAAAAGGAUACAGCAGCAUAAGACUAAUGUGACUAAUGUGGAACUGACCCCACGGCUGCCAUAUCAAGUCACAGAUAGCAUAAAGGUUACUCCACUGGCACUACUUCAAGUCAUGGAUUCAAUGGGGAUGAUUCCAGAAUCACAUUCAGAAGUGAUAGAAUCUGUGGGUUUGUUCCCACGGCCACCAAAUGAAGUUGUGAAACCAGUGGAUGCCAUGGAAACAGUCAGUAUAAGCCAAAAACCAUUAUAUCAAGUCAUUGAAUCAGUGGAGGUAACCCCAGGGCCUCAGCAGCAAGAUAUGGAAUCAAGGAAGAUGACCACAAGACCACUGAAUCAAGUCAUAGGCAAUGUGAAAGUAACUCCUAUAGCAUUGCUUCAAGUCAUGGAUUCUAUGGGAAUGAUUAAGAAAUCACGCCCAGAUACUAUAGAGUCAGUGGGAUUGACCCCACGGACGCAAUAUCAAGUCAUGGAGUCAGUGAAAAGAAGCACAGUGUUAGACCAUCAAGUCAUACAACCAGGAAAGAUGAGUCCAAAGCUACAACAUGUAGUCAUGGAAACUGUAGAAAUGACCCCAGGGCCACAGCAUAAAGUUCUAGAAUCAGUGGGCACAACAUCAAGGCCACAAAAUCAAGUCAUAGAACCACUGACAAUUACUCCAAGGCCAAUAUGUCAAAAUACAAAAUCGCUGGAAAUGAUACCCAGGCCAUUGCAUCAAGUGAUGGACUACAUGAAAGUAACUCCAGUGGCACUAUUAAAAGCUAUGGAUUUCAUGGGGAUAAUUCCACCAGCACAGCCAUAUGUUAUAGAGUCUGGGGAUUUGGCUCCCAGUUCGCAGUUGCAAGGUAUGGAGUAUGUUCGUUUGGGCCUACCAUCAGAGUUUCCAGGUAUAAAAACUGUGGAGUUGACCCUAAGACCACUACAAGAAGACAUGAAAUCUGUGGAGUUGACCCUAAAGCCACAGUUACAAGCUAGAAGAUCUGAGGAGAUAGCCCCAGUACCAUUGCUUGAAGAUGUGAAAAAACAAAUGGUAGAAUGUAGUGGGUUGACUCCUGAAAGACAGGUAGAAGGUAUGAAAUAUGAGGAACUGAUCCCAGGGGCACACAUUCAAGCAGUAACAUCUACAGAGUUGAACCUCAAACCACAUCCUCAAGCUGCAGAACCUGAAGAACUGACCCUGUGGCAUCCAGCCUCAGAAUCUUUAGGGAUGUUCUCAGAGCCAGGAUAUCCAGAAACAGAAGCAAAGUUGACCUCUGACACUUGUCACCAUGCAAAAGAGUCUGUGGGGUUGAUACAAACCUCUUUAGGAAAUACCCCAGAGCCAUUGAGCCAAGCUUUGGAAUCUAUGCAAAUGAACUCAAUGCCAUUCCAAGGCAGUCUUGAGCCAAUGUUCCAAAAUGUAAACGCCACAGAGGAGACUCCAGUGUCACAGCACACAACACAAGAAUCUCUGGAGUUGGUACCAGGAUCAGAGAUACAAGGUAUGAAAUCAAAGGUGUUGACCCCAGAGUCCCAUGGUGUGAAGUUUGUUCAUCUGAAUCUAGGACCAUGUUCUGAAGUUACAGAGUCAUCAGAGAUACCGGUAAGGUCAGAAUAUGAAAACACAGAAACCAUGGGGUUGGCAGCAUUUCAAGUUGAAAACAUCCAGGAGGUAAUGCCAGUACCACCAUAUUCAGAAAAAAGAUCUCUGGAGUUGACUUUAGGAACAGGGAUGCAAUAUGAGAAAUCAGAGCCACUGAUGCAAAAUUUGAAAUAUGUGAAGUUAACCUCUGAGUCAUCCCCAUUAGUGGUAGGAUCUAAACAGUUUAUUACAGGGCCCAAACCAUAUGUUAUGGAGUUGACCCCAGAGCCACAGCUCCAGGGAGUAACGUCUAGGCAGAUGGAUCCAGAGCCAAAAUUACAAGAUGAUUUAAUUCAACAGUCAACUACUGCUAGAGUGGUAGAAUCAGAGAAGAUGAUACAAGAGCCGGUGCUACAAAGUUUGAUAUUAGAGGAAGUGACUGAGGGGGCACAGUUCCAAGGUGCAAAAUUGACCCUCGGGCCACAGUUGCAUAGUGUUAGAUUUUCAGAGUUAUCUCCAGAGUCCCCACUUCAAGGAGAAAAACCUAUAGAUUUAAUCUCAGGGUCUCCACAUCAUGGUGUGAAAUCUGAUGAAUUAACCCAAGACUCCCCAGUGCAAGAAAUAAAAUUGUCAGAUUUUAUUCUGGGGCCAAAUCAUCAAAGUGUUGUAUCUGUACAGUUGACUGCAGAACCACGACCUCAAAGUAUGAAAUUUGUGGAACUAAACUCAGGACCAAGCUUGCAAGAUGUUAGAUUUUCUGAUUUGACCCCAGAACCAAAGGAUCAAAGUUUCAGACAUGUGCAAUUUUUAUCAGGAACACAGCUUCAAGAUAUGAAGUCUGUAGGAUUUGUAACAGAGCCAGCUUUGCAAUUAAGUCAAGAGCUCCCAAUUGAAAAUAUGAAAUCUGUUCGGUCUAUUGAAGGGUCACAGUUUCACAGUAUGAAAUCUGUGAAACUGACAUCAGAACUACAGUUUCAAAGUGUGAAAUCUGAGAAACUGAACCUAGGGCCAAGGCAGCAAGAUGUCAAGUUUUCUGAAUUGACUUUAGGGCCGAAGCUUCAAGGUGUCAAAUUUGGGGAACAAACCCCAGGGUCACUCUUCCAUAGUGUGAAUUCUGUAGAGACAACUCCAGAGUUAGGGCUUCUAGAUUCUAAAUUAGCAAAGAUGUCUCCAGGGAUUCAAGGUAUGAAACAGAUGGGGCCAUGGCUACAAGAUGUCAAAUUUUGUAAUCUGACAUCAGGAACUCAACCCCAAGGUGUGAAAUCUUCAGAUUUAAAUUCAGGGCCACAACUACAAUAUGUGAAAUUUUUUGAGUUGACCCCAGAGCCAAAGAUGGAAGCAGUAAGAUCUAUGGAGUUGACUCCAGAACCUGAGCAGCAAGGGGGUAAGCCUGAGUUGUUAGUACCAGAACCACUGUUUCAAGGUGUAAAGUGUGUAGCAGUAGACCAGAUGUCAAGCUUUCAGGAUGACAUUUCUCAUAAAUUAGUCUCAGAAUCAGAGAUACCAGAUGCAAAAUCUAUGGAGUUGACUCCUGGGCCACUGUUGCCAAGUAUAAACUAUUCUGGGUUGAUCAAAAGACCACAGUUACAAGUUAUGAAAUCUUCUAAAUUGAUUCAAGGAAGGCAACUGCCAGAUGUAAAACCUGUGGAGUGGAUCCCCACUUCAAAGCUUCAAGGUUUACAAUGUGAGGUGCUAAUGCCAGAGCCACAGCUGAAAGACAUGAAAUCUGUGAAGUUAACCCUAAGGCCACAUUUGGGAAGUAUGACAUCUAUACCACAACUAGGAAACAUCAAAUCUAUGGUGUUAACCCCUGGAUCACAGGUGGGAGAAAUGAAAUCAGCAGAGGUGGCCCCAGAAUUAAAACUUCAUGGUUUAAAAUCUAAGUUGCUGAUCUCAGAGUCAGAGUUGAAAGAUGUGAACUCUGUGGCCUUAACUCCAGAAGAGUGUCAAAGAGGUAUUAAAUCUAUGUUGCUGACCUCAAGUCCACACCUGGAAGGCAAGAAAUCUGUGGAGAUAACUUCGGGGCCACAGAUAGAAGAUGUCAAAUCUGUAAAACUCACCCCAGAUUCCAAGUUUCAAGGUGUGAAAUCUGCUGAGUUGGCUCUGCAUUCAAGAAAUCAGGAAUUAAAAACUAUAAAGUGGGUCCCAAGAACACAACAGCAAGAUGUGAAAGCUGUGAAAUUGAAACUUGGGCCAAAGAUGCAAGAUGAGAAAUCUCUAUUUUCUGCACCAGGGUCAUUGCUCCCAGGGGCUCAAUCACAAGGUAUGAAAGCUCAGGUACUAACUUCAGAGCUACAAAUGCAAGAUAUGAAAAUUUUGGAGAGUACAUCACGUUUAAAUCUUCAAAGUUUAAAACCUAUGAAGACUCCAGAUCCAGAGCUGCAACGUGUAAAAUCUGCGAAGUUGACCCCAAGCAAAAAGAAGCAGGUAGUAAAAUCUGUGGAUACAACGAGAAAAGAAAAGUUUCAGCGAAUAAAAUCUGUGGAUUUAGCCCAAAGUCAACAGUUUCAAGGGACAUCACUUGUGAAUUUAACUCCUGGGCCAAAACAGGUUGGUGAGAUAUCUGUAAUCUUACCAGAGCAGCAAUGCAUGAAUUCAGAGCAAUUGAAGACAGGGUCUAAGUCAGAAGAUGGGAUGUCUUGGGAAUUAAUUCCAGAGCUAAAAUUUAAAGAUGAAAAAUUAGUAGAUCUCAACUCUGAAUUACAGAUGAAAGGCAGGAAAUCAUUUGAAUUGAUUCCAGAAUCAAACAUUCAAGAUGUAAAAUCUAAAGAGUUCAAACUUGAACCCCAGUUGCGAAGUAUAGAAUCUCCCAAGUUGACUCCAGGACCACAGUUGCACCAAGUGAAAUCCUCAAAGUCAACUUCAGAGCCACAGCUUCAAUGUGUGAAGACUAUUGAGUUAAAACAACAGCCACGGCCUGAAAGUGUGAAAUGUAUUCGGUGGAUACCAGGACCUGAAUUCCAAGGUGUGAAAUCUGUCCAGUUAAAUCUUGAGUCACAAUCUCAGGGUAUCAAAUCUGUAGAGUUGAAAUCUUCAAUAGAGUUAAGAGAUGUGAAGCCAUCUGAAUUGCCUGUAGGGUCAAAAAUUCAAGUUGCAGCAAAUAUGAAGUUCAGCCUUGGGCCACAGUUGCAGAGUGUGAAAACUCCUGAGUUGUCCCCAGGACCACAGCUGCAAGAAGGGAGAAUUUUGGUAUCAACCUCAGAGCCACCCCUUCAAGGUAUGAAAACUGUACAGUUAAACCAAAAGCCGCAGCUUGGGAGUAUGAGAUCUAUUCAGUGGAUGCCUGCACCAGUGCUUCAAGGUGUGAAAUCUCUGCUAAAUCUUGGGUUGCAACCUCAAUGUGUCAAACCAGCAGAGUUGAUACAGUUAAGAGACAUAAAGUCAUCUGCAUUGACUCCAAAGCUAAAGCUCCAAGGUAUACACUCUUUGGAAUCACUCCAAGAAUCUCAGCCUCAAGGUCUCAAUUUGAAAUCAUGUGACCUGACUUCAAAGUCAAAGCUCUGUGAUAUAAAAUCUAUGAUGUUCAAAUCUAGGCUUCACUUGCAUGAUGCGAACUCUCCUAAGUUGACACCAUGGCUUCAAGAAGUGAAACCAUUACAGUCAUCCCCAGGAACACAGCUUCAAGGUGUGAAUUCUCUAGUGUUUACACAGGAUCCACAGGUGAAAUCUGGGGUACUAAGCCCAGGGUCACAAUUACAAAGUGAUAAAACUAUAGAGUUGAGCUCCCCACUACACUCAAAAAGUAUGAAGUCAUCUGAAUUUAUUCUUCAGACAAAGCUUCAAGGCAUGAAAUCUGAGGAUUUCAACUCUGGGCCACAGUGGCAAGGUCUAAAAUCUUCUAAGUCACCACCUGAAAAAAAGUUCCAAGAUAUGAAAUUUACUGAGUUAAACCCUGGCUCACAGUUGCAAGGUACAACAUUUUCUAAAUUGAGUGUGGGGACAAAGGUUAAAAGUGUCAAAUCUACAGAUUUCAACCCUGGUCCUGAACUGCAAGGUGUGAAAUCUUCUGAACUGAUACUGGAGACAGAGCUUCAAAAAGUGAAAUCAGUGGCAUGCAAGUCAGGCCCACAGUUGCAAGAUAUUGAAUCUUCCAAAUUGCUCAUGGGUAUAAAGCUUCAAGAUGUGAAAUCUAUGAGUUACAGGUCUGGAACAAACUUGAAGGAUGUGAAAUCUUCUGAAGUGAUCCCAAGGGAAAAGCUUCAAGGUGUGAAGUCUAUAAAACUGAAACCUAGUCCAAAGUUACAAGGUGAGAAAUCUUGUGAUUUAACCCUAGGGAGGAAGCUUCCGGGUGUGAAAUCUGUAGAGCUGGACUCAAGCCCACACUUACAAGAUGUGAAAUGUUCUGAUCUGAUCAUGGGCAUAAAGCUUCAAGAUGUGAAAUCUAAGGGGUUAAGUUCCAGACCACACUUUCGAGUUAUGAAAACUUCUGAAGUGAUCCCAGAGAAAAAGCUUCAAGAAGUGAAAUCAGUGGUCAACUCUGGACCACAGAUACAGAGUAAAAAGUCUGAGUUAACUAAAGGAACAAAGCCUCAAGGUGUGAAAUCCUUCCAGUUUAAUUGUGGACAGAAGUUACAAGGUGGGAAAUCAUCUGGUUUAACCCAGGGGAGGAAGCUUCAAGGUGUAAAAUCAGCCGAGUUCAACCCUGGACCACAGAGACAUGGUGAGAAAUCUGAUUUGACACUAGAGUGGAGGCUUCAAGAUUUUAAAUCUGCUGUUCCGCAGUGGCAAGGUGUGACAUCUUCAGAGUUACCACGAGAGAGAAAACUUCAAAGUGGAGAAUCUGUGGAGUGCAUUACCAGGCCAGUGUGGCAAGAUAUGAAACCUUUUGAAUUGACUCUUGGCACAAAGGGACAAGAUGUGAAAUCUUUGGGGUUCAAUUCAGCCCCACGGUUACAAGAUAGGAAAUUGUCUAUGUUGAUACCAGAGGCACACCUUCAAGGUGUGAAAUCUGUGGAAUUAAACCCUAUGGCAAAGUUCCAAGGUGCAAAAUCUUCUGAGCCUAUAAAGCUUCAAUUAAUGAACUCUACAGAGGUCAACUCUGGCCUAGAAAUUCAGGUUGCAAAACCCUGUGAGUUGGCCUUGAAAUCAGAGGUUCACAGUGGGAUAUCUUCUGAGUCCAAUGCUGGAAAGCAGUGGCAAGAUGAGAAAUCUUUUAAGUUGAAUCCAUGGCCAGAGCUUCAGGGUGUGAAAGUCAUGGUGUUCAAUCCUGAGACACAUAUGCAACAUAUAAAAUCUUCAGAAUUACACAAAGGGACAAAGCUUCAAGAUGUGAAAUCUUUGGAAAUCAAUCCUAACCAACAGUUCCAAGACAUGAACUCCUCUAAGAUGUGCCUGGGAACAAGGCUUCAAGGUAUUCAAUCAUUAGAGUUCAAUCCUAGGCCACAGCUGCAAGAGUUGCAAGAUAUAAAAUCUGAGUUGCAUCCUAGUCCAGAGCUUCAAGGUGGAAAAUCUAAGGUGCUCCGCACUGGGCCACAUUUACAAGGUGUGAAUUCUUCUGCAUUCAUUUCAGAACAAAAACGUCAGCGUGUAAAUGCUACUGGAUAUAACUCUGGGCCACAUUUGCAAGGUGCAAACUCUUCUGAAUUAACGUCACCAGGCUCAGAGAAUCAAUGUGAGACAUCUAUGGAGUGCAACCCUGGACCACAUUGUCAAGGUCUGAAAUCUGAACUGAUUCCAGAGCCAAAGUUUCUAAGGUCAAAAUUUCAAUGUCUAAAUUCUAUGGGUUGCCAAUGUGGAUCACCCUUGCAAGGUGUCAGAUCUCUUGAGUUAACAUCUGGGAAAAAAUGUCAAGAUAUGCGAUCUGAAGUGAAUCCGAAGGCAGAAAUUCAAAAGACAUCUAUGGAGUUCAAUCCUGGACCACAAUGGCAAGGUCUGAAAUCUGAACUGAUUCCAGAGCCAAAGUUUCUAAGUGUAGCACCUAUGGAAUGCAGCCCUGGGCCACAGAUGCAGUGUGCAAAGUCUUCUGAGUUGAAUCCAGAGCUAAAAUUACAAUGUGUCGAUUCUAUGAAGUGCAAACUUGGGCCACAUUUGCAAAGUGUAAAAUCUUUUCAGUUAACUUCAGGGACAAAAUGUAAAGGUAUCAGAUCUUAUGAUUUGAAUUUGGGGGCAGAACUUCAAGGUAUAAAAUAUAUUACGUUCGACCCCAUGCAGCACUUCCAAGAUGUAAAAUGUGAAUUGACUCCAGGGACAAAGUCUAAUUAUAUAACACCAACAACCUUCAACUGUGGCCCACAGCUGCAAAGUAUGAAUUCUGAGGAAUUGCCCUCACACCUCAGGCAGCAUAGUGUAAGAUCUGUGGUGUUUGCACCAGAGCCAUGUUCUCAAGAUGUGAGACCUGUGAAGUCAGAUCUAUUGCCGCAAUCUCAAGGUGUGAAUUCUUUAGAGUCAUCAGCAUGCCUGAGGUCACAGUGUAUUAAAUCUGACGUCUUGGCACCAGAACCAUGUUUUCAAAAUGUAAACGCUGUAGAGUUGACAUCAGGGGCCCCCAAACAGGGUAUGUAUUGCCAAGAGCGGACUUCAGGAUGGCAAGGAGUGAAAUCAGUAGUGUCAGCGCCAGAGUCAACUAAUAAGUUCAUGCCAGGACCAAUGUUGACUAGUGUCAAAUUUUCAAAUUUGUCAUCAGAAUCACAGCAACAGGGUACGAAACAUUUGGAGUUUACUCCAGAACCAAAGUUGCAAAGUAUAAAACAUGUAAAAUCGUCUUCAGGGUCUCUGCAACAAGCUGCAAAAUCUUUGGAGCUAGCGCCAGAGUCACUGUUUCAGAAAGUGAAAUCUGAGGCUGUAACUCCAAGAACAAGCUCUCAAAUGACAGACUCCUCUGAGAUAAUCCCUAGGCCAGGGCAUCAGUUUGUAGAACAUGCAGAGAUGAUUCUAGAGCCAAGGCAUCAAGUCCCUAAAUCUAUGAAUUUGACUUCAAUUUAUCAAGUCACAGAUUCUUCACAAAUGGCACAAAGCUUGGCACAUCAAGGCACAGAAACUGUAGAGAAAUCUGUGAAGUUGACCCCAAAUCCAAAAGGUAAAUGCAUGAAAUCUUCAGGAAUGCCUCUGGAGCUAGAUCUUCAAGUAUCAGAAUUUGUUAAUCUGACUCCAGUGCUAAGGAAUCAGGGUUCAAAAUCUGUAGAAUUAAUGGAAAAGAAAAGCUCCCCAAUCCCAGAAACUCUGGAUUUGCUCUCUCAGCUAGGGCCUCAAGUUAAGGAUUUGGGGGAGUUACAUAUAGGGCCACUGCAGCAAGUUGUGGAAUUUGAAGGGAUGACCCCAGAGCCCAAGCAUCACCUUACAGAAACUAUGGGGUUGACCUUCAAGACAAAGCUGCAAGUGGAGGAAUUGCUUGGAAUGGCCCCAAAGCCAAUAAGUAAAGCCACUGAUGCAGAGAGAUCUUCAGCACGCUAUCCUCAAACCCAAGAAUCUGUGGAAGUAACCUCUGAGAAAAGACUUCAAAGGGAAGAAUCUGUAGCAUUGAUUACAGAUGUUCCAGAAUCUUUAGAGGUGACAGAAGGGCAAAGAUAUCAAGUUCCUGCAUCUGUGGGUUUGACCUUUAAGCGAUUCCUAAGAGAGGAAUCUUUAGAGUUGCCCCCAAAGCAAACAGAUCAAGUUGUGGGGCAUGCCGAACCUGUAGAGGUCACUGCUAAGACAUGGCAGCAAGAACAGGGAUCAGUGAAGCUAAAACAGUCACAGAAUCAAAAUGUGAAAUAUUCAGAGACAGCCCCAGGACCACUGGGUCAAAUUACCGAAUUUACUAGGUUCAGCCCAAAGCCACUAGAUCAAGUCACAAAAUUUACAAAGACACAGAUUCAAGUUGCUCAAACAAGAGUAAACCUAUUAGCUCCCCCAAAGGUUGUUGAAUCUGUGAAAGUGCCUCCUGGGCCACCACUUCAAACCGUGAAGAAUGUGGCAUUAACAUCAGGGCUAACAUUGACCCAAUCCUCUCCAAUGGUAGACUAUAUUGAGUUGACUUCAAAACCACAAGAUGUGAGACCUUCAGAGGUUACCUCAGAGCUAUGGUUGCAAAAUGCAAAAUAUAAGAAAAUGAGCACAGAACCAAAGUACCAAACUGUGGAAAGAAUGGAUUGGACAGGGUUUAAAAUUAUAAAGACUUUGGGACCACCAAUUCAAAUUGUAAAAUCUGAGGAAUUACCACCAGGGCCAGUCCCUCAGAUUGCAGAACCAAUAGGAGUAGCCCUAGGAUUGGGGCUUAAAGUAACAGAUUGUUUGGAUUUACUCCCAAAGUCACAUCUUCAAGAAUCAAUGGAACCUGUAGAAUUAACUCCAAGGCCAAAUGCUGGAGUGAAGUCUGCAGAAUUAACCUCACAGACAACACCUUCAUUCAAAAAACCUAUAGUGUUGACUGGUGAACAAGGGCAUCAGGCUGUGAAAUCCAUAGGGAUAAAAACAGCAUCUCCUCAAAUCAUGGAAUCUGAGGAUUCGAAUCUAGGACAGAUGUGUCAGGAUAGAGACUCAGAUGAGAGAUCAUCAGAAGAGUUACAAAUCGGGAAUUAUUUCUCUAGGUUUCUAUACAACUCAUUAGACACACUCAUCUCAAGCUCUGUCAGAACAUCUGAAUUAGGCCUUUGGGAUUCUGAGAUGCCAGAAGUAUCAAGAGAAUUGUAUGUAAAAAACCUUGGGACAGAUAUUUUGCAGCCUGAGGAGUCUUUUAUAGACCUUUCUAUGAGACAGUCUUCAAUCCUUCUCUCAUCUCUUCAUAACCAACCCUCUGAUAAGACAGCUAACCCCAUAAAAAACCCCAAUUCAGAGAUCGCAGGAGUAGAUGUCAAAUCUAAAGAAAGGACCAAGAGGAAGCAGAUGGAGGAAUCAGGGAGCUCACUCCAGAGCCUCUCUCAACAUCCACCACAAAACUGGAAAUCACCAUCUAGGAUCUUCCAGGCAGGAUCAGGAGCUCAAAGAGGACCUACCUGGUCUGUCCUGGGCAGGCAACGGAAUGUCUGGGAGAGUCACUCCUGGAAGCAGAGACUACCUAGAAAAUAUCUCUCCAAUAUGCUAACACUAGGGAAUGCCUUGGGGACCACUAUGGAAAGGAAGCUUUACUCUCAAAUAUCUUUAGCAGAAAGAGGCACUGCAAAUACCUGUCAGUCUAUUCAGAAUUUAUUUGGGGUUCCAGCUGAACUGAUGGAAGUGUCCCAGAGUCUGCUUGAGAAGGGUCAAGGUACUAUUUCUCAACCUUCAGUGGUCAAAAACUACAUUCAGAGACAUACUUCAUGCCCUGGUCAUGAGAAAAGAAUGGCCUUAAGGAUGUGGACACGUGGCUCCUUGUCCUCCAUAAUACAGAAAUAUUCAGGGACUAGAAUGAGAAUGAAGAAAACAAACUCAAAGCCCAGUGAUAUAUCCCAGAAAGUUAUUCAGCACAUGCCUGUUGAAUGUACAGGGAGUCAACUUCCUACCCCAGUAAAGUCAGAAUCUUCUUUCAACAUACAUUUUGCUAGGAGAGAUCCUGUUCCAGAGGAAGAGAGUGAGAACUCACAGAGUGAUUCACAGACAAGGAUUUUUGAGUCCCAACACUCCCUCAAGCCAAGUUCUCUCUCCCAGGCCAGGACUGACUUCUCAGAACAGUUCCAGCUGCUACAAGAUCUGCAGCUAAAAAUAGCAGCAAAACUGCUAAGGAGUCAAAUACCUCCCAAUGUACCUCCACCUUUAGCUUCAGGUCUGGUCCUAAAAUACCCUAUCUGCCUACAGUGUGGCCGAUGUUCAGGAUUUAAUUGCUGUCAUAAGUUACAGGCCACUUUUGGGCCUUACCUUCUUAUCUAUCCACAGCUUCACCUUGUAAGCACUCCUGAAGGCCAUGGCGAGAUUAGGUUGCAUCUUGGCUUUAGGUUGCGAACUGGGAAAAGACCCCAAGUCCCAAAGUACCACAGAAGAGACAGAUCCAUUACACCAAGGAGCCCUAGAUCACCGUCACUAAGGAAAUCUAACGCCUAUACUCGAAGUUCCAAGAGUCCUGCUUCUACCAUAGAUUUCCAGUCUGCGUCUUCCCAGUCUCCUGCUCCUAUACAAGUCCACAUCAGGCGAAGGCAGUGUGGCAGUCCUGGCCUAGGAAAAACAGAAAUUAGAGAGCCUGGACACUAUGAAUUCACUCAAGUUCACUCCCUACCAGAGACUGACUCAGAAAGCAAUCAGGAUGAAAAAUGGCCUAAAGUGAGAACCAAAAAGACCCAUGAUUCAAAAUAUCCUAUGAAAAGAAUCCCCAAGGGAGUUAGAACACAAAACACGAAGUUCUACACAAAUGGUAGCACCAUAAUACAGAGUUCCUCUAGAGAACUGCCAGGCCAGUUAAGAAGGAAGAGGAGUGGAGCAUCGCAAACAACUACUGCCUCUUCAAAAAGACACUCUAAGAGAACCCCCCAACCAAAAUUCAUUCAGCUGCUUUUUCAGGGCCUAAAGCAGGCAUUCCAAACAGCACAUAGAAUUAUGGCUUUGGUUGGGCAAAAACCUGAGGACAGGACAAGGUCAGACCAUUUCUGGUCAAGCAAAAACUACCUUCCAAAUCAAAAAGCAAGAGACUGUUGCUUAUCAAGAAACAUAAAAAAAGACAGGAUGCCAACUAUCAAGCUAAGGCCAAAAGACUCAACCACUAAGCAGGAGAGCAUAUUGUGGGGAGAAAGAAACCAAUUCAGAUCAACUCAACAACUAAAAAGAGAUAGCUCUUUCCAACCCAGACCUAUCCAACUGCCCAACCCCAUAGUCUCCCAAGGAAGUGCCAUUCUCAAAACUACAACUAGCCAGCCUUUGGGUCUUGUUCAAAAUGACAGCAGUAGCAGAGCUAAGAAAACCUUUAAGAGAAAUGAAAUUUCUAGCCAGGAGGCCAAGAACUGCAAAACAGGAACCAGAGUUCAUGUUGGAGGGAGACUCCUAUCUGGUUUCCCUAUGAAGAGAACCUUAAUCAAUCACUUUAAAGAGAAACCCACACACAAGGAACGAAACCACCACAGCUUCUGUAGGGAAAGAACCCCAUGUAAUUCUUGUGGAAAGAGCCAAUAUAGUCCUGCUGAGAGGGGCCAUCACAGUGCCUCUGAGAGAAGCCACCCAAGUGCCUCUGGGAGGGGCCGUCGCAGUCUCUCUGAGAGGAGCCAUCUCAGUGCCUCUGAGAGAAGCCACCCAAGUGCCUCUGGGAGGGGCCAUCGCAGUCUCUCUGAGAGGAGCCAUCUCAGUGCCUCUGAGAGAAGCCACCCAAGUGCCUCUGGGAGGGGCCAUCUCAGUGCCUCUGAGAGAAGCCAUCGAAGUGCCUCUGGGAGGGGCCAUCACAGUCUCUCUGAGAGGAGCCAUCUCAGUGCCCCUGAGAGAAGCCACCCAAGUGCCUCUGGGAGGGGCCAUCGCAGUCUCUCUGAGAGGAGCCAUCUCAGUGCCUCUGAGAGAAGCCAUCGAAGUGCCUCUGGGAGGGGCCAUCGCAGUCUCUCUGAGAGGAGCCAUCUCAGUGCCUCUGAGAGAAGCCAUCCAAGUGCCUCUGGGAGGGGCCAUCGCAGUCUCUCUGAGAGGAGCCAUCUCAGUGCCUCUGAGAGAAGCCAUCCAAGUGCCUCUGGGAGGGGCCAUCGCAGUCUCUCUGAGAGGAGCCAUCUCAGUGCAUCUGAGAGAAGCCAUCGAAGUGCCUCUGGGAGGGGUGAUCGCAGUCCCUCUGAGAGGAGGUGUCGCAGUGCCUCUGAGAGGAGCCAUCAAAGCGCCUCUCAGAGAGGCCAUCUCAGCGCCUCUGAGAGGAGCCAUCGCAGUCUCUCCGAGAGGAGAUGUCGCAGUCCCUCUGAGAGGAGGUGUCACAGUCCCUCUGAGAGGAGGUGUCGCAGUCCCUCUGAGAGGAGGUGUCGCAGUCCCUCUGAGAGGAGGUGUCGAAGUCCCUCUGAGAGGGACAGUCGUGGUCUUUCUGAGAAAAGCGGUCACAGUCCCUCUGAGAGGAGAGGACACAGCACUUCUGAAAGGAGAGAGCACUGGCCCUCUGAGAGGAGCAGGCACUGUCAUUCUGAGAGGAGUGGACAUAGUCAUUUUGAGAGGAGGGCACGCAGUCCCUCUGAGAGGAUCCACCUCAGUCCCCUUGAGAGACUCAAGCACAGCUCUCCCAGGGCGAGGCCCAGACAUCGUCUGUAUAAAGAGUUCAAGAGUAAUCAAACAUGUCUCCUAGAGACCACAGCACAACACCCCAAUGUAGGGCAAAUCGGGAGGCCUGACGCUCGCAGAUGGAAGAGACCUGUCCCCCUCACUCAUUGCCUCACCCAAGUCUCCACCAAGCUGCCCUUUCCCGGCUUCUUUCCUGCUCAGCCCCGGCCUCCACUUCCAGUGCCCACAGCGACGGAAGAACUUCUAACGUCUACCUGA